GGACGGGACGUCGACGACGCCCAGCGGGCCCGUGGCGCUGCUCGCCGAGCCUGUACCGGUGGCGGAGAUCUUCUUUCUCUUUUCUUCUGCACUGCUGCCUGAUGGCAGGCUCAUGAUAGCGUUCCGCAAUGCGUCCGACGACGCGGCGCUGGUGACAGUCCUCUCGACGUAUGUCAGCGUCAAUCCAGAUCGGCCUGCUGCGCUUCCGCCGGUGGCCUCGCUCUCUGUGGGGCCAAUGACGCGGGUGCUGGCCGAGGGCCGGCGCGCAGGCUCGGGCACGCCUGCGUCCUCGCUGUUCGGCGCUGUCGGCUCACUUGCAUACCUGAGCGGCUGGGACGUGCUGGCAAUCAUCAACGAGUUUGUCGGCGUUGGCGAUGUCGACGAGAUCUUCUUGCUCCUGCGGUACGAUCCGGUGACGGACACGGUGAUCAAGGCGUCGUCGGAAACAAGCCUCGAUGUCGAGGGUGUGGUGAUGCAGUCGGCGUAUGGAGUUGGGCUUGCCCGGCUCGAUGACUACUCCAGCUCACGCGGCGUGGUCGCCGGAAGCCCGAUUUUUGCCAUGGGCUAUGUUGAUGCGUUCAGCCAGAUCAGCUCGUCGCUAGACGUGUACAUCACUGUCGUCGACGCCAGUGAUCCGGACAACCUGGUCUUCUCGCCACGCUUCAUGUCGGGCGUUGGGAAGCCGCGCGGUUCUCGCUUCUCCCGAUGGAGAACAACAAGAUCAUGCUCAUCGCGCACCCGCUCACCUCGUCGCUACAGUUGCAGGCCAUGCUGUGCAACCACGACAAUUCGGCGAUUUUGGGCUGUGGGUCGCUCGAGACGAUCACGAUGGCCAAGGUCGAGGUGUACGCGGCCAUGGUAGUGGCGGCCGACAGUGUGGUAGUCCUUGCUGCUGACUCGACGGUGAAGACCUUCUUUGGGCUCCAGGUCAACAUCACAGACGCGGCAACGAACGCUGUGGCUGUGGCGAAUUCCGGAAAGGGAUACCCCGGCCAGUGGCCAGUCCUUGCGGUGGCGAACAAGGUCCGCUAUGCGUUCGCAGGCUACAUGAUGUUUGGGGCGGUUGCGGGUGAGGCCGGGGCGUACCCGAGCUUUUUGGUCUCAGUCAUUGAGGGGCCCGACUACCGGGUCGGGCUUGUCAUGGGCUCGCUGACGUAUCCCGAGGUGGCACGCGAUCCCAUCCCGGUGCAGCUGACGCUGGGGACGAGCGUAACGGUCGCGCUUGGCCUCGCGCCGCGCCCAUCGUCGCUUCCGACCUUUGGAUGCCUCAACUUGCCUGUUGAGCUGGCGACGAUGCCGGUGUCGUGGGAUGCGACUCGCGGCGAGUUGACCAUGACGCCGCCGGCACCAGGCCUGUUCUCGGUUGAGUUUCUCCUGUACAUGCCUGCGCGGGCUGUCACGGUCGACAUGGUGGUGUAUGGUGUGCCGGCGCAGCUCAAUGCUCCGCGAGCACAGUCUGUGACGCCGUCGUCUGUUGUAGUCGAAUGGGAUGUGGUGUCGAACGAGGACGAGCUCGGUGGCGCAACAGUUGUCUACACAGUGCGUGUGCUUGGGUUGGACGGCCGUGCGCUGCCAAGCAAUCUGGAUGCGGCGGCACCAAGCGCGGUCGAGUAUCCGACCGGCACGGAGCGAGUCCUCGAGCUCAGCGGCCUUGCGCCGUCGCAGCAGCUUGCGGUGGCGGUGAAGGCCGAGUCGACUGGGUUUGGCGGUGGAUACUCGGCGUGGGCGCUGCUCUCUUCGGGCGCGCUGUGCACCGCGCCGGGUGCCUAUCUGCCGCCCACUUUUCCGCGGACUGGUCCGUGUGCGUUUUGCCUCGGUGAUGACUACACCGAGGCGCCACCUGCUGGUGCCGGUGCAGGCAGCUCACCGGAGCGGUGUGCGCCGUGUCCCCUGCUGACCACCGCGCCGGCGUUCUCAUCGACAAUCGCCAACUGCAGCUGCGUGCCGGGUGCGUGGGCGCGCCGAAUCGCUGUGCCGUGGGAGUGCGAGCCGUGCCCGCCUGGCGGAGAGUGUUCGGGCGGCCUGGCCCGACCGAGAGCGGUCCCUGGCUACUUUGAUGUCAAUGGCGAUGGUACGGUGCUGGCCAAGUGCCCGCGGGCCACGGCUUGCCUUGCGGGUGGCGGGUGUGCGGUUGGCUACAGCGGCGUGCUCUGCUCCGAGUGUGCCGAUGAGUACUACGUCAACUUGGCGACAGGCGGGUGCGUGAGGUGCCCCAAGUCGUCUGCGGCAGUGUUUGGCUCGGCGCUAGCUGUACUCAUUCUCGGCACGCUCGGGGUGCUCGCGGGUAUCUUCCACCUUGCGGUCUUCCCUUGGGAGGUAACUGCGGAAGGAGUGUCGACGUCGCGGGCGCGCAAGGUUCCGCACUCAAUCUCUGUGGGGCUUGUUUUCCUGCAGAUUCUCGGCGUACUCUCCUCGAUUCCGCUCCGAUGGCCAGAAUCUGUCUCACGGACGCUAGGCAUCUUCCGACUGCUCAACAUCGACAUCAAGGUGGCGACGUCCGAGUGCUCGAUCACGUCGUUUUACUCGAUGUUUUUGCUCACGGCGGCUCUCCCGCUGGUCGGGCUCUUCCUGCAUGUGUGCGGCGUGUGUCUGGCGUUUGCACUCCCGCCGUUGUCUGGCUACGUGCAGCAGACGCGUGGGGCGGCGAGCGUUGGCCUCUGGCGGCUGCUCAUGCUCUCAACCGAGCGGCUGGUGUGUGUCGUCGGUCCCGUGAUGUACAUCGGCAUGGCGCAGGCAACGCUCUCGUACUUUGAUUGCUCGCAGUUUCCGGACGGUAAGUUCUACCUCGAUGCCUCGCCCGGAACCCAGUGCGUGGACUCUGAGUGGCUGGCGACGCUGCCUGUAGCGCUGCUAGCAACCGGCUUGUACGUUGUUGGGCUCCCUAUCUUCCUCGCCACUGUGCUUUGGAAGCGAGUCCGCGGCCGGGUCCGCGACGAGGCGACGCUGGCGCGGUAUGGCACCAUCUUUAUGCUCUACCGGCGACCGCUCUUUUUCUACGAGCUCAUCUUGCUGGGCAAGCGGCUUUUGGUGGUGGUGGUGGCGCUCUUCUUCUCCUCGCAGCUCCUUGUCCAGAUCUCGAUUCUUCUCUUCAUUUUCCAGCUCAGUAUGCUCGCGCAGCUCAAGCUGCGGCCGUAUUAUCGCGAGGUGUACAACGCGCUCGAGACACGCCUCAAUGUCGCCGUCUCGUUCCUCCUCCUCUUUGGCCUCUGCUUCUACGUCGAUAAGUUUCCCAACGAGGGCUCGCGCAUCGUCUUUGCCGCCGUUGCUUUUGUGGUUGUCGCCACGUGCCUUGUCCUUGUUGGACAGGCCAUCGUCGCUGAAGCGCGCAUGAUCCUUGCCGACCGUCGCCUCGCCCAGGCUGGACUCACCGCCACUUCCACGCUCAACGAGCGCGAGCGGGUGUUUUUGCCGUUGUCGAGCGCGAAUUUGCCGACAUCGAGGACAUCGACAUGAAGCUCCGGCUGCUCCAGCUGUACCAAGACUUUGUGCCUGCCGACGAGGCCAAGGAGCUGGAGGGGUAGUGCAGUGCGUACGUCGGCUGGUGUGGUGCAACUCUCUGGGUCGGGAGACGGUUAUUCCGUCGCAAUUUCUUUGCCAUGGCAGCUUUUCAGGGCCAGACCAGGCACAAUGCCAUGUAGAUCAAACGGUGCUGCUUCUCAUAGUAUAGCAACGGUGGGUGG